CAAAGGAGGCCAGUCGCCAGUCGUGACCCUGGAAAAAUAAGACGACCAAAUGUCAGAGUAUAUGACAAUAUGAAAGAUGGUGCUGAACUGAGUCAAACAAGUGGACCGCCGAGUAUUGCCUCAUCAGGUACACCUUCCAGGCCUAUGAGUAUAGAUUUCCCAUCUGAUGGGAGCUCUGCUCAUGGAUCGUCUCCAAAUCUACAGCAGGCUGAUGAGGAAAACGACUACAGGGUAUCUCUGGUAAAUCGUCAAAGGAGUAUCAAUUCGAAUGCGCAUCGACCUAAACCGUCAGCGGCGCCUCCAGCACCUCCCAUGAACAAUCAUACUGGGAUGGGUGCGCCGCCUCCUCCUCCUCCACCACCCCCGCCAAUGUACCCAGGACCCACGCAAAAUUUCAAUCACGCGCAUAUGAACAAUACAUUCCCUGCUUCCCAUGUAUCCAUGGAUGAUCUACCCCCGCCUCCUCCACCUAAUGGCGUUGCAGUGGACAUCUCAAAUACUCAAAAACCAGUCAGCGUGACAGGAUCAGUGCCUCCACCUCCUCCUCCUCCACCACCUCCAGGACCACUGACUGGUAAUAUACCCCCAGCUCCACCUCCUCCAUCACUGAAUCAGGAAGUGAAGCAACCCUUGUCACCAUCACCAGAUACCGGUUCACCAGCUAAGACCCAACCUAAAGGUGAUGGUAGAAGUGACUUGUUAUUUGCAAUAAGAGAAGGCAUUCCUUUAUCACUGACUCAUUGA